AUGUUGGCUGCAGGCGAGUCAAGGAGGGUGCGGGUUUCUCUGCUCCAGUCCUCGCUGUUCCACAUCAAAGGAGGAUCACCCGAGGAGCGGAAGGAGAGUCUUCGCAGCAUCUUGUCCCUCCUCCAUGGGCCGGCAGCAGUCAGGAGCCAGGUAGCAUGGGAUCUUGGACAGCUAGGAGGUCAUCACGUGCUGCUGCUGCUGAUGGAGUCGACGGAGGAUGAGGAGGAACGAGACCUGUGUGCAGAGGCGACGGACAUGUGCGCUCAAGUCUGCCAUCGCUUCCCCAUGAAGGCGACGCCAUUGAUGGAGGAGAACGGGAUGGAAGACAGCCUGGGAUGUGAGCUGCUAGUCACCAGCAGCCUGAACGCUACAGGGACUCCCCUCAAGAUCCUGCUGAGGAGGAGGGCGGCCAAGGGAGGAGCGUCUGAGAGGUGCCCCGAGCGAAAGAUCAGCAACAUGCUGUGGUCAGGCAGUGUUGUGCUACUACGAUACCUGCAAGUAUUUCCUGAGAUCCUGAGAUGUUGUUGUAGACGGCGAGGAGGGGGAACAAGAGCAGGAGGAGCAGGAGGAGCAGGGGGGCGUGGUGGAGGGGUACUGUCAGUUCUGGAGCUUGGGGCGGGGCUGGGAGCAGGAGGGAUCGGGUUUGCUCUUCUCGCGCGGCAGCUGAAAGUUCGUAGUGAUGUUGAGAUCACAGAUUGUGACGCAGGCGCGGUGGAGAUGAUUUGGUCCUCGCUCAGGCUCAACGAACUGAUCAAUGGCGAUGAGGUGGAGGGAGGGAGAGAGGGGGAGAGAGGAGGGGAGAGAGGGGGGGAGAGAGAGGAGGAGAGAGGAGGAGAUGGAAUGGUUGAUGAGGAGGCAGAGGAGGAGGAGGCAAGUACAGACAGUAGAGCUAGGGUUCGCUGCAAUGCCUUUGUGUUGGAUUGGGAUAAGUUAGAGGACUCAGAAGUUGAUGGGCGGACUUUCGACCUGAUCAUCGGAGCAGAGAUCAUACACGAGAUUCCUCAUGCGCAAGGAGUCUUCAAUGCUUUGAGGAGACUUCUUGCAAAACGGGGGCAAGCAGUCGUCGUCAACGCUGCUCCUUACCACAGGUACGGAGGACAAGAAUUCGAGGAUCUUCUACGAGGAGCACAAGACAUGGUGGUGGAAAUUUCUCCAGUCGCGGAGGAGUUGACUGCGGAUCUCGAAGCUCUUCGAGAGAAGAUGCUUGAGCUGCGUUUGUAUCGCAUCCGGUGGAAGGAGGACGGAGACAACAGUCGCUGA